GUGCAGUGUAGGUGUGUGUAAUAUGUGUAGUGUGUGUGUUGUGUGUACUGUGUAGUAUGUGUAGUGUGUGUUCUUGUAGUAUGUGUGUGUUGUCUAGUAUGUGUAAAGUGUGUGUAGUGUGUGUUUGUGCGUGUAGUAUGUGUGUGUGUAGUGUAGGUGUGUGUAGUGUGUGUUUGUGCGUGUAGUAUGUGUGUGUGUAGUGUGUGUUUGUGUGUGUAAUAUGUGUAUGUGUGUACUGUGUAGUAUGUGUAGUGUGUGUUCUUGUAGUAUGUGUGUGUUGUCUAGUAUGUGUAAAGUGUGUGUAGUGUAGGUGUGUGUAGUGUGUGUUUGUGCGUGUAGUAUGUGUGUGUGUAGUGUGUGUUUGUGCGUGUAGUGUGUGUUUGUGCGUAUAGUGUGUCUAAUAUGUGUAGUGUGUUUUUGUGUCUGUAGUGUAUUGUUUGAGAUUUUCUGGGUUUUUUUUGAAAUAAAUCAUGAUACUCAUAGUGUAUAUCUUUUGAUUUAAGUGUGUGUAUACUACACACACAAACACACAUUACACAUACUACACACACAAACACACAUUACACAUACCACACACACAAACAGACUAAACAUACCUGUAUAUAACAAACAGGAAUCCUUGUGGGAUUCUGUUAUUCUCGGAAACCUGAAAGCUAUAAUCAGAUUAUGCCACUUUUUCUCUGUAUAUACAUACAUGAUGAGGAUGAUGAUGAUAUGAUAUACACGCAUAUAUAUACAUGGAUGGAAUGUCUGUCUUGUAUGUACGGACGUCUGGCUUCUGAUUUUCUUUCAGAAGUCAAAUAAUGAAGAUAUAUUUUAUAAUUUGGAUAACUUAUUUGUUUGUGUUUAAAAAACCAAAAUGACAGAAGCAGAAUCAAAGGCACUGCCACCAUCUCCACCGAAACAUAUUCCUAGCGGCUCAAACCGCAGCCCCAUGGCUAGAAGAGGGUCCGGCACCAAAGGCCAGAAGAUCCAACUAGUGACCAACCAUUUUAAUGUGAAAUUCAGCAGCACCACUGACCACUUUUACCAAUACAGUGUGGCUCUGUUCUAUGAAGACGGGACUCCUGUCGAAGCAAAAGGUGUAGGAAGAAGGGUACUUGACAUGCUUUAUACGCUAUACAGUUCAGAGAUGGGUGGAAAAGGAUUUGCGUAUGACGGUGAAAAGACUCUGUUCACUAUGAGCCCGUUGCGUGGGACUAAGCUUGAGUUCCCUGUUUUGUUGGAGAAUCUGUCGUCAAACCGAACUGUACGCGGAGGUGGAAGCCCAAGUGAAGGGGACGCUAAAAGAUCAAGGCGUCCACCGCAAUCCAAAUCAUACAAUGUGAAGAUCAAUUAUGCGACAAAGAUCCCCAUUCAAGCGAUAUUCAACGCACUCCGGGGACACGAUUCUGAGCAAUUCCAUGAAGCCGUAAGAGUGCUGGAUAUCAUGCUGAGGCAGCAUGCAGCAAAACAAGGUUGUCUUCUUGUGAAGCAGUCGUUCUUUCACAAUGAUCCGAGAAACUCGAUAAGCAUUGGUGGUGGGGUUGUGGGUUGCAGAGGCUUUCAUUCCAGUUUCCGGGCCACUCAAGCUGGUUUAAGCUUGAACAUGGAUGUUUCUACAACAAUGAUAGUCAGGCCCGGGAAGGUUGUGGACUUUCUUUUAGAGAAUCAAAAUGCGAAAAGCAUAAGGGAUAUUGACUGGAUGAAGGCUAAAAGGAUGUUGAAGAAUCUUCGGGUCAAGACCUUUCCUUCUAAUCUUGAAUACAAAAUCAUCGGGUUGAGUGAGAAACCGUGCAGACAACAGAUGUUUCUGAUGAAACAAAGGAAUGCAGACAGUCCUAGUGAUCCCAUAGAGAUCACAGUCUCUGAUUACUACGCUAAGUACCGUAAUCAAGAGCUCAUCAUGUCUCACGAUUAUCCAUGUCUAGAUGUUGGGAAACCAAAGCGUCCGGUUUACAUCCCACUCGAGCUAUGUGAAUUGAUCUCGCUUCAACGGUACACAAAGGCGUUGUCGAGUUUGCAAAGAGCUAAACUUGUUGAGCAAUCCAGACAGAAACCAAAAGACAGGAUGAACUGCUUGAUGGAUCAACUAAAGAGAAGUAACUAUACUGCUGAUCCUUUGAUCAACUCAACCGGCAUCACAAUCAACACUGCGUGUACACAAGUUGAGGGCAGAGUUUUGGAACCACCGAAACUGAAGUUCGGAAAUGGUGGAGACCUGGUUCCUCGUGGUGGUCGUUGGAACUUCAACAACAAGACACUUGUUGAGCCAACAGCGGUUACGAGAUGGGCUGUUGUGAACUUCUCUGCGCGGUGCGACACCAAUAGCCUAUGCAGAGAUCUACUCAGGUGUUGUAAAGCAAAGGGAAUGAAUCUUGAGGCGCCGCAUUCUGUCAUCCAAGAGAAUCAUCAGUCUAGCCGCAAUCCCGCUCCCGCUCGUGUGGAAUUGAUGUUCGAAGCUAUCAAACAAACACUUCCGGGCCCACCUCGGUUUCUUCUGUGCAUCCUGCCCGAAAGAAAGAACUCUGGCAUAUAUGGUCCUUGGAAGCGGAAAUGUCUUGUGGAAAAUGGGAUUGUUACGCAAUGCAUAGCACCCACCAGGAUCAACGAUCAAUAUCUCACAAAUUUGCUCUUAAAGAUCAAUGCAAAGAUGGGUGGUUUAAACUCGGUGCUAUCAGUCGAACAUCUGCAUUCAAUACCAAUGGUUUCGAGGAUUCCGACAAUAAUCAUUGGUAUGGAUGUGUCACAUGGUUCACCUGGCCGUUCUGAUGUUCCGUCAAUUGCUGCUGUUGUUAGCUCGCGAAAAUGGCCGUUGAUAUCUCAGUACCGAGCUUCUGUCCGUGCGCAAUCUGCACGAUGUGAGAUGAUCGAUGCUUUGUUUAAGCCUGUGUCACCUAAUGAAGAUGAAGGAAUGAUAAGAGAACUGUUAGUUGAUUUCUACCAAAGUACUCCUAAGCUGAAGCCGGCGCAUAUGAUCAUAUUCAGGGAUGGAGUGAGCGAAUCGCAGUUUGACCAGGUGCUGAAUAUCGAACUCGAGCAAAUCAUGCAGGCCUGCAAGUAUUUGGAUGAUAACGAUUGGAACCCAAAGUUUUUGGUAAUUGUGGCACAAAAAGCUCACCACACAAGGUUUUUUCAACCCCGAUCUGAUGCGAAUGUUCCACCAGGAACAAUCGUUGAUACCAAAGUCGGUCAUCCAAAGAACUAUGAUUUUUAUCUGUGUGCCCAAAACGGACCAAUCGUGAGUAUUAUCCGAACACUAUUAUCUAUUUACUUUUUAUACAUAUUCGUUGUGACUAAAAGUUACAUUGGUAUUAAGGGGACUACACGGCCAACGCAUUAUCAUGUUCUGCUGGAUCAAAUUGGUUUCUCGCCUGAUGACUUGCAGGAGCUGGUGCAUUCAUUGUCUUAUGUGUACCAAAGGAGCACAAGUGCUAUAUCUGUAGUUGCUCCAAUUUGCUAUGCCCACCUGGCGGCGGCUCAAAUGUCCCAGUUCGUGAAGUUUGAGGAUAUGUCGGACACGGCAUCUAGUCACAGCGGUGGUGGCGGCGCUGGUAGUAGCAGUGGUGGUGGGGGUUUUACCCAAAUUCCCAAGCUUCAUGAAAAUGUUUGCAGUUCUAUGUUCUUCUGCUGAACACCUAGGUAAUUGACAAGAAGUGGAUGAUUUUUGAUGGUAUUGUCUGAACAUUGGUAUUUUAGGUUUAUCUUAUUAGUAUUUUGUCUGGAUGUUUUUAUUUUGAUCUGAACAAUGGUAUUAGGUUUAUCUUAUGUGGUAGUAUUUGUGUGGAUGUUUACAUUUUGGAUCUGAAUAUUAUCUAUGCAAUGCCCAUUUGAAGUAUC